AUGGCGCAACCAGCUACCAGCGAUCAGCCAUCUACAGAGCAGGCCCACUUGAAUGCAUGGCUGAAAAGAAAUUUGUGUAGCGUUGAAACUGGUAUACAGCAGGACAAUGCACAAGUGACUUGCAAUAUCAGCGUCAAAGACUACCUUGCAAUCAACAAUUUACGUCCCGAGGACGACGAAAAUUGGCUGGACGACACCGCCAUCGAUUUUGCGCUAGCUGUUCUGACAAAUAAGCACAAUCGUCAAAGUGGUAACGAUGUAGGGGUACUGCCCAUGUACCAGGGCACCGAGUUGUAUAAUUGGGGUAAGGGUGCGAAAGAAGCAGAAGCGGAACACCAGCAACGGAGACCAUUGGUUGAGAGUACACCCAAGGAGAAAAGAUAUAUCGUUGUUCCAGUGUCCGAUGGCGUCCUGGACAGUGAAACCAUCAUCAUCGCCAUGCAAAAACUUAACGAAAAUGAAGAAGCUGAAAAGACCAGAGAAGAACUUAAGAAGGCUGAAGACGAAGGGGCUAAAGAGGCUAAAGAGGAAGAACUUGAAAAGGCUAAGGAGAGGGUUGCAGAGAAUUAUAAGAGAGCUAAAGAAGCUAAAGAGGCUGCUAAUAAAGCUAAAGAGGCUGCUAAUAAAGCUAAAGAGGCUGCUAAAAAAGCCAAAGGGGGUGCGGAAGCUACGCAGCAAACUGAAGGCACAAAAGAGAACAGCCCUGUUCAAGUGAACACUUCAGAACCACCACAACCACCACAACCACCACAACCAACCAUCGACAUGGGCAGCCAUUGGGGCCUCUUGGUUGUCGAUAUAACAAAGCGAACAGCCCGAUGGUUUGAUGGGCUCUUGGAUCUCGAGCGUAGCAGGAGCCACGCCGAUAAGUAUCGAAUUAGACAAAUGCUUCGUCCCGGCGAAGUUGCCGGCAAGAUUCUCUGUGGUAUCGAGCAACUCCUUGGCGACGAACGUGGACGAUUCGACGCAAAGACGGCUAAAUACGUCCCUCAUCAAACCCGUGACAACGCAUUCAAAGGAGACCAUGGGGCAUGUGGGCCGUAUGUGAUUGCUUUUCUGGAGUAUUUGUACAACAACCCAACGUAUCUCCGACAUCUACGCAGUUCCUUUCGUAUCGAGAAUUCGGAUAGGAACAAGCGGGACAUGGGUUUUCAUUCCUUGUGUACCAGAGUUGAUAUGCAGGAGUGGAUUCGACAUGAGUGCGAAAAAUCUCAACAGGAUGAUGAGCUUCCUCUUAAGAUGACGUCAGAUGUCUUUCGUAUUCUCAGGCCCAAGGCGCUGGGGCCUUUGCUUGCCACGGCUUAUCGUGCCUUUGAUGGUCGAGCAGAUCCUGUGAAUUUCGACGCAUUUGAAUUCAAGCCUCAUGGAAACCAUCGUUCUCGUAGAGGAGGUUCGGGCUCUGGUGGAAAACCUGAUGAUGAUACAGAUAUCGAUAAUACCGACGACGAAGAUAGAAAUGAUGACGUCUUCAGAUAUGAUCCCGACGACCCCGACGCCACUUUCUCCAAGAUAAUCCUCGGACAGGAGCUUCGCGGGAACAAGCAAGCCUAUCUUGGCGUCAAACCCAAAGAGCAACGCUACAGGCGCGCGUACGAGACCCUGGUUGAAAGGCAAAAAACCCAUGAUAAUCUGUCUAAAAUACCAAAACGCAAAUACAGGUCCUUACUCAACCUCCCUACCGGCAUUUCAGCAUUGCCGACAGACUUUGGUGACGAGGAAGUCGUUUCCGCCGAGCAGCUUGAAGCGUGGAAAGAAGCGAAUGCGGAAGCCCUCGAACGCAUGGAACUCGGUCCUCAAGCCAAAAAAGCUACUGAUAUAAGCUUCAGAGCGGCAUUACAUGUCCUUUCUGCUGUCGAAUUUGCUGACGAGAAGGAUGAUCGCAUAGUGGACUUUUGGCUGAACGAUCCCGAGGUCUUCAACGACAGGGAUCGUAAUGACCCUAGUCUCAAGUUGCAACCGAAUAUCAUUAAGGACAGGCUGAGAAACAAGUAUGAGCGUGGGAUUGAGAGGUCAGGUGAAAACACGGACAAUAGCGGUGCUGACCAACCUCGUAUAUCAAUAGGCCCCCCUGUGCCACCGAAAACGAGACAGCCCCCGAACCCUUUUAAUGUUGUCACCUAUCCCGACUUUGCUUCAAUCAAAGCCAGCGGUACAAACUUUAGGACUUAUGUAGCUGAAAAUGAUGCUUUGUUUAAGGACACUGAUCGGGGGAACGACGAGAGCGCCCAACGCGCUGUCCUUUGGCGCACAUACAAAGGCAGCUUCACUAAGUCGUCCGCCGUGAAAGUGUGGCGCAAGGAUGAAUAUGUAUUUGCACCAGAAGAUCGAAAACUGAGUUUGGGCGGGGAAGCUAUCAGACAGCGAAUGGACGACAUAUACUGGAAUCUGAACCCGCAGCCAUUCAUAUCUAUCACAGAUAUAGAAGUGCGCCUAUGGACGCAAAACUUGCCACAAGCAGUACGAGACCGAAUGUUGAACGAAGAUGGCCGACUCGACAUUGACCUUGCACGAGGCCGGCUGCAUCGCCUAUUCGUUGGUGAAUUUGUAGAGCUCAUAAGGCCAGGAGAGCAGCAUGCGGAAAAGAACAGAGGGCUUCUCGCGGUCUGGCGCAGAGAAUACGGGGAAAAGUACGGACAAAAAUUCAAGAAUGAUGAGGAAGCGGUUGAUGCGUUUAUAAAAAGGUAUGGACAGGAUACCGAAGCUCUGACAGAGCCUUUCCUCGCAGCAAGUCCACUUCAUUGGCCACCAAAGGAUUAUCUUAGGACGCUCAACAACCCUGGGACUGGGACUGGGACUGGGACUGGGACUGGGAGUGAGAGUGAGAGUGAGAGUGAGAGUGAGAGUGAGAGUGAGAGUGAGAGAGAAGAGGAAGGCAACCUCCCCUCCCCAAAGUCCGCCAAAAAGAAGAAGCAGAAGGAGACGGAGAAGGGGAAGAGGAAGGCAACCUCCCCUCCCGCAAGUUCGCUAAAUAAGAAGAAGCAGAAGAAGUGA